CAGUGCAGUGUGCCGCUCAGCUGCUCAUUCGCCAACUGCGAUGUGUCGCGAACGGGUGUUUUAGAAAGUCUCGCUAUCAUCAUUCCCAUACUCCGAGCUGAAGACGCGCCUUGCUUCGAGCAAAUGUAUACCUAGUUUAUAUAGCCGUGCGGAACCUGUUGAGUGUGGUUGAAGGAUUUUGCGACUGCCGACCGACACUAUUAGGCGAUCACGUCAUUACUGUGCUUCGAAAGACUGAAACGAGAAGAAUUGGUUCUAUUGAUUGUGCGAGAAAUUUGUCGUCAUCUAAGUGCUUUUAAGGAAAAACCCCGGGUGUGUGCUUCAUCAAAUGGUGUCGUGCUUUAUCGUUAUCGUCACUUUUAUCAGCUUCCUACGUAUCCUGUGUGGUGGUAGUACCCCGGUACUCGCUUGCAAAGUCUAAAGCGGAUCUUGUGCAUAUAUAUAGGAAACAUGUGACAAGUGCAACACUCGGAGCUACUCUAUGAAUGUAUAGAAUUGAUUGUUUGUUUAGUAAAUUAAAGCAAACCAAAUGGCAGUCUUCGGAAUGAGUCGCAUUUGAAGUUUCGUGGAUUUCAAUGUACUGAAUGUUGAUUAGUGUCGGAUCGGGUUGGUGGUUGAAGUGUGUGCCAUGAAUAAUUGAUAUUCAGCUUUGAGUGCGAUUUUCUGUUUCACCAACAUAUAUCUAUGCAAAACAAACGAUUCGCCGAUGUAUUAGAUGCAAGGGAAAAAUCAUCUCUGCUGACAUUAGCGAAUUUCUGCGAUCGAAAGCCGAGGCAGUUUUGAAGUGACUCAAUCAUCGAUAUUAGAGAGACUUGCGGCGCCUUCGUUGUCGUCGCUUGAAAAUGAUUUACGCCUCGAGUUGCGCUUCUGUGUCCUGUUGGUGUUGGUGCUUAUCUGUGGUGGAAAAAUAACGUUGACGCUCAGCUAGCUUGCGGCCCAACCAGAGCCAGUUGGUUCGCCGUCCGUCCAAGGCGGUCGUUGUUGUUCACCAGCCAUCACCAUCAUCAUACGUACAAUAUAUCGACACCUACCGAUAUAGAUUUCACAGUGUGCUAAAUUUGGAAUUCACAAGUGAGAAAGAAGAACACACCUCAAUUGAUUUCGAUUACGCGCUGAAGCAAGUCCAACGCAGUUUCAAUCGUCAAUUAAUAUACACCAGCCCCAAAACCAGAGAUCGAGUGUGGAAUUAAUCUUUCCGUUCAGUCAACAAAGCAAAACGAAGGGAAACGUCGGCUUCUGAACUGAAAAACCGUUUGUGAACUGUCGGAAGAAAUCGGUUACAUAAAGCAACCAGCCGUGAAAGCAACGAGUCGCGACCACGUUCGCAUCGCUGCACCAUCGCAUCGUCGUCGACGACCUUUCGGGGCGCAUUUUUGGAAGCAUCUUUCCUUUACCUGUGCGACAUAACAUAGUGCAAAACCAGUGGGGCUUGUCUUACCUUCGAAGAAAGCUACGUGUGAUAAUUAAUUGCGAGUGAAGUCAAGAAGAACUGGAUUACAUCAGACUGCUGAACGUUGCCGAGCAUCACCACCGGUUGUUCAUCUCCGAGACGAGCCGAAAAUUCAAAAGAUCAUUUUCUUUCUUUCGCAGACUGACGUCAAAAUGACGAUGGGCAAUAUGCGUCCACUAAAGAUAACCACCGUCGGCGAUGGUAUGGUCGGCAAAACGUGCAUGCUAAUUACCUACACACAAAACGAGUUCCCCGUCGAAUACGUGCCAACGGUGUUCGAUAACCACGCCUGCAAUAUCACAGUCGACGAGAAAGAGUUUGCCCUCACACUCUGGGACACGGCGGGCCAAGAAGACUACGAAAGACUGCGACCGCUAAGUUACCCAAAUACCGAUUGUUUUCUUAUAUGUUACUCCAUAUCAAGUAAAACAUCCUUCGAUAACGUGCUAUCGAAGUGGUACCCUGAGAUAAGGCACCAUGCUCCCCACGUACCGAUUGUGCUCGUUGGAACCAAAAGCGACCUGCGAGUGCACGGAUCGGAGAAAUUUGUCACAACCGUGGAGGGCAAGAAGCUGAAGCACAAAAUCAAAGCUUACUCGCUGGUAGAAUGCUCCGCCAAGAAGAAGCUCAACCUCGGGGAAGUGUUCGACGAAGCCGUGCGAGCGGUGGAGAAAAAGCCCCACGCCAAACCACGUGUCUGUACGAUACUCUAGCUCCUCCCGCUGGACGUUUUCCUAGGUUUUAGUUUCGUUAUAAAACACUCUAUACUAUUACAGUUAUAUAUCGAUAUAAGGCCACGGCCAGUGAUGUUAUGUAGAUCAUCUCCUUCCUACUUAAGCAAAUGACUCAGAAAACAUUGUUCUCCACAGAAAGAAACAGUCACGUUUGGCCUUAAAAUCAAAAAUGAGAAAACACGACAAGCGAAAAAAAGAAAAGUAUUUGACGAUUUCCUACCGUUAUAGUAUUGUGCAUAUUGAUCCAAGGAAACAUUUUCUCCAAGCUUAAUUUCGAUUGAAUGAUCGGAUAUUGUGUGCUAUAUUCUUCAGAUAUAUAGGUUUGUUACAUUUUCGAUUGGAUAUUUUAUUAGAUCGUUCCACAUUAUGGAACCCACUUCCAUAUUCAUUAACUAGUCAUACGAUUUUUGUCAAUAUGAUCGAUGAAAAUGUAACUAAAUAAAACGUGUAAAAUAUUUGUGUAAAACUCCUCUAA